AUGAAUAAUAAAUUCAUCAUACUCUCAUUGUUGCUUGCUUUAGUAACAAGUCAAACAUAAAGUUUAACAUUAUGUGCAUGUUCAUAAUUGUUAUCAGGAGAUUGCAUAAAAAUGUUUCACUUGAAUGUUCAUGAGAUACAACAAAGAAAACUUGUGGAGUUUCAACAACUCCUGUCACUCCAACAGUGACUAAUGUAGCAUAUUGUGAUAAAUUUGCUGAAACAGAUUGUCCAAAAGCUAAACCAUGUACUGAUUGUGGAAAUGAUGCCGCUUGUGCUUGGGUUCAAAGCAAAUGUAUAUUCUUUACAGGAUGUACACCUUUUGCUAAAACACUUGAUUCUGAAUGUUAAGCAAUCAGUAAUAGAUGUAUUACCGAUGGAACUCAUUGUGUUGAAAUUGAUGCUUGUAGUACUUACAAAAAGUAACUUCCAUGUGUCAAAAAUGCUGCCGGAACUUUAUGCUAUUGGGAUACAACAAAUAACUCUUGUGUUGAUGCCAACAAUUGUGAUAAAUUACCAGCAACAUUCGAAACAGAUAAAGAUUGCAGAGAUGUGAUUUCAACAUGUACAAAAAAACCGAAGGAGGAUGUGUUGAUAGUUGAAAUAACUGCAGUGAUUAAACAUUAGAAAUUUAAUGUGUUUGGAAUAAAUUAAAAAAAACUGCUUGCUAUAGGGAUGGAGCUGCAUGUAAAGAUAGAAUUUGUGAUAAUGCACCAACCUGUUUGUCAACUGAUGAUGCUUGUAAGACAUUUAGAACUGAUGGAACAUGCACAGCAAAAGCAAAUGGAGGUUGUGUAACUAGAACUACAUGUGCUGCUGCAACAAUUUAAGCAUCAUGUAUCAAAAAUAAUUCAGGUGGUGAUUGUUAUUGGACAGGAACACCCUGUGUAGAUAAGACAUGUGCAAACGCUCCAACUGCUAUGAAAACUAAUUCAGCAUGCGCAGGAUUUUUAACAGGAUGUAUCACUAAAUCAAGUGGUGGUUGUGUUGCUAAUGGAGCUUGUUCUGUUGCUAAUGUUCAAGCAGCUUGUAUUAAAAAAUUCAAGCAAUUUUGAUUGCAUUUGGGAUACAACUUGUAAAGAAAAAACAUGUGCAAAUGCCCCUACAACAAAUAACACUCAUGAUUUAUGUACUUCUUAUUUAUCUACUUGUACCGUUAAGUCAUGUGGUGGAUGUUAAAAUAGAACAUGUGCCAAUGUUCCAACAACAAUGACUACCAACGAUGCAUGUGAAGCGUAUUUCACUGGAAAUAAUUGCAUAACAAAAACAGGAAGUGGAUGUGUUACAAAUACAACAUGUGCUGCAAUAACUUUAGAAGCUGCUUGUGUUAAGAAUUCUUCAGCAUCAACUUGUUUCUGGAAUACUGCAAGUUCAAGUUGUAAGGAUAAAACAUGUGUUAAUGCACCAGCAACUAACACUACUCAUGAUCUCUGCUAAGCCUUCUUAAAUACCUGUACGGUAAAUUAAACAAGCGCAGGAUUUGUAUAAAAAAAAUGUGAAAAUUCAUUUGUUUUGGCUAUUUGUGACAAAGAUACAAGUAGUAGAGCAUGCAUUUGGAAUGGGAAAUGCUAUAAGAAAUAAUGUGUGUUAGCUUCAUCUGCCACAACUACUCAUGCUGACUGUUAAACUUAUCACUCUACAUGUACCUUGAGUAAUUCAGGCACUGGAUGUGUCCACUUCCACUUAAAUGCGAAGCUAUCACUAUUGAAGCUGCUUGCAAUUUGAAAGCUAAUGGUUAACCUUGUGGAUGGAAUGGAUCUUAAUGUAUUAACAAAGCUUGUUCAACUGCCUCUAAGACAUUCACUACAACUUCAUAAUGCACAGGACACAUAUCAACUUGUGUAGCUAACAAUCCCGUGACUGUUAAUGGUUCUUUGACAAUUUAAGGAUGUUAAGAUUUACCAACAACAUGUGCAGAUAGAAAAUCAUCAGAAAAUUGUGAAAUUACAAGAGUUGGAUUCCCAACAUGUCUAUGGGUCUCAUCUUCUACAUCAUGCGUUGAAAAAUCUUGCGCUACUGCUAGUACAGUGGGAACAACAGGUGCACUCUCUGCAGGAGGAUUUACUUUAUCUGGUUGUUAAACUUAUCUAAACACUUGCAUUUCAAAUAAUACUGCUGAUGGAUGUAUAGCUAAGCCAUCUAGUUGUUCAUCAUUAGUUUCAAGUAAUUGUAGAGAUGGAUCUAAGGCAAGUGGAGAUUGUUAUUGGAAUGGGGUUGUGUUGAUAAAUCUUGUGCAAAUAUUACCUUAACCUCUCACAACAGUUAUAAUACUACAUUCAAUUAAUGCAAAGUGA